UCGGCACUCACCAUCAGUUAAACCACGUUUUAAAAGUUGUUUGGGUGCUUUCUGUUUAAUGUGUGUUUUUAAAAUCGUCUUUCAUAACUAAAGCGCAGAGUUUAAUUGUGAUAAAACAACGAUACCAUUUUACUAACCACAAAAACGCCCCCGGAGAUAAAAAUCAAGCAUUGAGUGGUUUGCUGUCACUGCAACUCUUUACCAGGUGUAAUAAAUAACGUUGUGUUUUUAAAGCAAAAUUCUUUCUACAGUGGAGUUGCGAAAAACACACAAUGUAUAAUCUAAGAAGGAAAUUUUACAUUUUAUGUAUUUGCUUCGCUAUUUAUUCAGUACUUAGUUUGAUGGCCUAUAGCUACUACUUUUCUAGUUCAUCUGAUCUAGACCUAAAUAUUUCAAGAAAUUUGAAUGAUUACAUAAAUAACAGAUUGUCACCGCAUAUUCUGCCAAAAAAAAUUUGUUCCCAAAAGAAGUUACUACUAGUAAUUGUGUGUUCCAGGCCCGACGAUAUACAACUUCGUAAAGCUAUCAGAGAAACAUGGGGGAAAAAACAUGAUGACGUAUCGUUUUAUUUUCUUUUUGGUGAAUUUAAGAAAAACGAGCAAAUAUUCCAAGCCAUGAUCGAAGGAGAACAAGCCCUUUUUGAUGAUAUCAUACAGGAACGUUUCAUCGACUCUUACAACAACCUAACACUAAAAUCUGCCUAUAUGUUAAAAGUUUUUAAUCGUUAUUGCUACAAAUCGUUUAAAUAUUUAAUGAAAACCGAUGAUGACGUUUUUGUAAAUGUCCCACGUGUUUUACAAAUGCUUGCAAACAGAAAAGAAAAUACCAACGUGAUUUUAGGGAGAGUGAGGCAUGGGUGGCCAAUCAGAGACCCAGACAGUAAAUGGUAUGUGACAUUUUGUGAAAACCUUCAUUUAUUUUUUGUGAGGUAUGUGCCGUAUGAAUGGUACCCUGAAAAAGAAUACCCGGCCAAUGUUUGUGGACCAGGGUACAUAAUGUCGCGCGAUGUGGCCAAAAAACUCUACAAAUGUGCACUGAACGAGAGUUUUUUGAACCUUGAAGAUGUUUAUUUGACAGGAAUUUGUGCCAAAAAAAUGAAUAUUUCGCUUGAGAAUAGUUAUUUGUUCACAUGCAAUUAUAGGCCUUCCCAUUUUUGUUAUUACAAGAAUUUCUUUACUCUGCAUUAUUACGAUGCAGAAGAAAUAGUAAAUGCUUAUGAAAUGUUGAACACUAACUAUUGUAAUGGAUUCUCUAAAUUUGAUGUUACGAAGCCAUGGACUUUCUUUUUUAAUUUGUUCUAAUUUUCGAGCGUCGUUUUUGCUGUUAAUAUGACUAAAUAAAGUGUUCUUAUGGAGAGUUAUCAAAUACAUAUUUCAAAAAAAAAUCUAUUAAUUUUUAUUAACCCAAAAGUAACGUUAAACUACAUUAUAUGGCAACACUCACAUAUAAUUGGAUAUUACCAACUACUCGAUCAUUUUAUAAAAAUAUUUUUUUUAUAUAUUUUUUUGGAAAAUAUUAUAAUGUAAGUCUCUUGUUUUGUGGAUUUUUUUGUGAAUUAAAUUAUACAAGCUGGUUCAGAUC